CUAAUGUUUGGGUAGUGUUAGCUAUCUAGGCUGCGGAAAUGUGUCGCCGAACAUCUUUUUUGUUUUUCUCCACUUUUCUGUUUGUCGAUCUCUUCGUGUUUGUCUCUGCAGAUCAGAAAAACAUCACAGCUACACCUGGACAAAAGAACGUCACUUUGCCAUGUCGAGCUCCAAACAACAACAUCAUUGUUGUUCUAGAGUGGAGCAGAGCUGACCUGGGAGAGAAAUAUGUGCUUCUGUUCCGGGAUGAGCAGCUUGAUCCAGAACAACAGCAUCCAUCUUUUAAGAACCGGGUGGAGCUGCUGGACAGACAGAUGAAGAAUGGAGACGUGUCUUUGAUUCUGAAGAAUGUGACGAGUACUGAUAAUGGGACAUACGAGUGUCGUGUCAUCCAGGGAGGAACUAAGCGUAGAAAGAGACGUGUUUUAGAUGGUGACCCCAUCAGCAGCAUCAACCUGAGUGUUGUUGAUCCUCCAGGUCAGACAGGAGGAGACACAGAGGAUGGAGGGAAGGAGGCUGGAGGGAAGGAGGCUGGAGGGAAGGAAGCUGGAGGUGUUGUACUGAUCGCUGGUCUGAGUGUUUCUGUUGUGCUUCUUGUUGCUGUUGUUGGUUUUUUGAUCUACAGAAAACAUAAACAACAGCAGAGUCAGGACUCAUACCAGCCUCCUGUUGAAUUUCAGCCUGUUUGAAAUGUCAGCUUAACAGUGAUUCUUGUGCUUUGCUUUCAGUCGUGUCACUGAAAACGUGGAAAGACAGAAAUCAGUAAUAUUAAACAUUUAGUAGGUACCUGUCAGACACGUCCAGAUUUUACUUUUAAUUUAUAUUUUACAUCAUUAAAGAGGACAAAGAUGUUUGGAAUAUAAACAGUAUUUCUCUGAUAUUACUCAGGAUCCUUUGAUCACAUGUUGCUGGUAUUUGACUCGUUUUAAAUGCAAUUAAAUUAAAAUGAAACCAAAGAAAAAACAUUUCUAUGUAGCUGCAGAGUCCAACAUUUCCUCCCUUUGACCUGGAACGAUUCAGCUUUAUUGAACUUUACCUUCCAUGAAGGACACUCUUCAGUCUGUUACUGUCCAGUUGUUACUUUCCUUUAAAUAGUUUCCUGACAAAGAUCCACAUGUGUUAGUACUUAAUAUGUGUUUUGUUUGUUUGUUUGUUUGUUUUAUUCCAACAUUUCCUGUGGCUGUACUUUGUUUUUGUUCUUUUUUUAAUCAGAAGCUCUGACUUCCUGAAACUGUUGAUGCAGAUUUUGUCACCUUGAGUCGAUCCAAAAUAAAUA